CUCCCCCACGCCAUGGCCCUCGGCCAGACCACAAAGCGUCGCUGUUCCUUCUCCAACUCGGCAAUGUUGUCUGCAGGCCAGUUUAGAUGCCCUCGCAAGGUUCAACUUCAUAGCUCGUAGAACUCUUCUUCUUCUUCUUCUUCUUCUUCUUCUUCCUCUGUCAUGGACGAGGUGGACGUGAGGUGCCUCGAAUGCAGGAAAUGGAAGCAGCACUACUACUGGAAUCAUUUUGAAGCCACAAAGAGGCGUUUCUUCAAGGUUCUGAUUGCUGAUUUCUCAAGAAAACUCAGCAUCCCCAGGAAGUUUGUGCUGCACUUCAAGGACUUACCGAAGGAUGCAAAGCUGAAAGGGCCAAGCGGAAACCUAUGGAACGUCAAGCUGAAGAGAAGCGGUGACGAUGUUGCUUUCACGGGUGGGUGGAGUAAGUUUGCAGAAGACCAUCUGCUGGAGCUAGGGGACUUCCUCGUCUUCAGAUACAUCGGCGAUUCAUGUUUCAAGGUGUUGGUCUUCGACAAGACUGCCUGCGAGAAGGAGCACUCGUACUUUAUAGGAGAGAAGACAGCUGCAGAGGUUGGCGACGCAUGCCCUUCACGGGGCAGCAAGCACAAGUCCGUAGAACCACCGUUGGAAGACGAUCAGAAGUGCAGCGACGGCGAGUCGGCCAAUGCAGCAGCAGAGCAUGCUUCGGACCGCAACCCCAUCAUGUCUGCAGGCAAGGAAUGCUCGUUUAGGCGAUCAUUAAUCAGACAACAGCCACGACGCAGGAGUUGUAGGAGGAGAACAUCGGAAUCUCCUGCAGAACAUCCCAUCGAUAACUCGAAUCCUCAGUAUGAUAUCUUAAUUCCUGCGACAUUAGAUGUGCUUUUCUUGAAAUGUUGCAGAUGACGUGAAGCAUGAGCACGAGAAAGGAAACGUAGAAGAGAACAUGACAAAGAUGAGAUCAAGUUCAUCGUCCAUCAACCCUACCAGGAGACCUGCCACUGCGGAGGAGAAACAAAGAGCUCUGAGUCUCGCCCGUUCAAUGAAAACAGCACAUCCAUCAUUUAUAGCAGAGCUGAGGCAAAGUAAUGUCAGCCAAAGUUAUGUUUUGGUUAUCCCACAUGGAUUUGCAGUACAAAACAUGCCUGGAUGCGAUCAAAGCGCCCUCCUCCGUCUGCCCAGUGGUGGAACCUGGCAAGUCAACUAUAUUGUGCAUUACAAGGCAACUAAGUUCGGCUCAGGAUGGAGGCAGUUCGUAGUGGAUAAUGAACUGGAAAAGGAUGAUGUGUGUCUCUUUGAGAUCAUCAGAGCAAAGAACUACGACUUCGUCUUGGAGGUCAACAUCUUUCGAGCAGUAACGCCGGCCAUCGUGCUGCCGACCGAGCUCUCGACUGAAGGAAAGGGUAAGACAAAAGGCCGUGAUCCGAUCGAGGUGGUGGCACGUCGAUAGCAGAGAUGUUGCUGCUGCUGCUUUUGUUGCUCUCUUUUGCUGCAGAAGGAUAUAUUAUUAGGUGGUUUUAUGUUACGGACUGAGCUUCUUGUGAUGGAGAAGCUUUAUAUUGUGUGCUUUGCUCCCUUAGAAUGAACCAUGCCGAAUCGUUGACCAAUUCAACACGUCCCGACAAAAGGUUAAGGACCUGGUCAACGCCCGAAAGGAAUGGGGGUGGACCGGCGGCGAGGCGCUACGGCCUCGCGUGUUCCCCGCGACGUUCCCUCCGUUCUGCUCUGUCGUCCCUCGCCCACCCCCCCCCACCCCGUUCUCCUUCUCCUAUUUGUAUAUACACCCCGUCCUCCUGCUCCGACCUUUGCUCCUUCCCCUCCAGCCUUCCUUCCUCGUCACUUCGCCGUAUCUAUCUUUCUUCCGUCCUUCGUCGACCACCUUUAAUACCUGUCCGUCAACGUCCUUCCUCACCUUCCCGUCUGCCAAAACGUUGAUGGGGGAGGGUGCAGGCAGCAGUCUUGGCAGUAGUCACGUCGCCACGUACGCCAACGUGCACCAGUCGUCAGCGGACGAUGACUUCCCGCGACAAAGCACCUCCUCGGCCACGGCCGGCUCCGGGUUCGACUCGGACUACACCGUAGCCACGAGCGGCGAGAGCUCACCCUUCAUCUCGUCCCCCUGGCACCAGAGCGCCCCUUACCCGCCUUACGACCCUGCAUCCGGCGACGCUGACGCCGCGGCGCUUCCCUGCACCGGGCUCAUAGGGUCGCUGGUGCGGGAGGAGGGCCACAUUUACUCGCUGGCCGCCACCGGUGGCCUCCUCUACACGGGCUCCGACAGCAAGAACAUCCGGGUGUGGAAGAACCAGAAGGACUUCGCCGGGUUCAAGUCCAGCAGCGGGCUCGUCAAGGCCAUCGUCGUCGCGUCCGACCGCAUCUUCACCGGGCACCAGGACGGCCGCAUCCGGGCCUGGAGGGUGUCGCCGAAGGACGCCACCGUGCACAAGCGGAUCGGGACCCUUCCCAGGCUCAAGGACGUCCUCCGGAGCUCUCUCAACCCCUCCAACUACGUCGAGGUCCGGCGCAACCGCAGUGCGCUGUGGAUUCGCCACUCCGACGCCAUCUCGUCCCUCAGCCUGAACGAGGACCAGGGGCUGCUCUACUCCGGAUCCUGGGACAAGACCUUCAAGGUGUGGCGGAUCUCCGACUCCAGAUGCCUGGAGUCUGUCGUCGCCCACGACGACGCCGUCAACUCGGUAGUGGCGGCCUUCGGCGGGCUCGUCUUCACCGGCUCCGCCGACGGCACCGUCAAGGUGUGGCGUAGGGAGCUGCAUGGGAAGGGCACCAAGCACACGCUCGUGCAGACGCUUCUCAAGCAGGAGAUCGCCGUGACCACGCUGGCGGUCAGCCCGACGGCGUCCAUCGUCUACUGCGGCUCCUCCGACGGGAUCGUCAACUUCUGGGAGGGGGAGCAGCACCAGUCCCACGGCGGGACGCUGCAGGGCCACAAGAUGUCGGUGCUCUGCCUCGCGGCGGCCGGGAACCUGCUGCUGAGUGGCUCCGCGGACAAGAGCAUCUGCGUGUGGAGGCGCGAGGGCGCGGUGCACACCUGCCUCUCGGUGCUCAGCGGCCACUCCGGCCCCGUCAAGUGCCUCGCCAUAGAGACGGACGACGCCGGCGAGGACGGUGGCAGCUCCGUCGCGAGGUGGAUCGUCUACAGCGGCAGCCUGGACAAGUCGGUGAAGGUGUGGCGGGUGUCGGAGCAGGCGCCGACCGCGCUGCUGAGGGGGCCGCAGCACGUGCCGGUGGAACCGGAGGACUCGGGGGCAUACCGCGGGAGCAACGGCGGCGGGUCCGACCAAGCUUACGGCGGGGCGUUCGAGGGGUCCAUGGCGCAAGUACGAGCCGCCGCAUGAGAUCAGGACGCGGUGGCGCUUCGUCCGACUGAUGUGUGAGUCGCCGGCGGUACGUGUUUUUGGCGAAGGGCGAUGCAUUAAUUUCCCAACACUCGGAGGGGGUAACAUUGGGAGUCCAAUUCCUGAUCGUGCCAAGAAAGCAAAAUAUCGAAUCGUACAAUCUUACAGUGUUUUCUAUCAUUUAUUAUGUUUUCUUUAAUGGAUCGAAAAUGAAAUGGGAAAGCAUUACG